AACCGGGCUCUCUUCUUUUCGGCCUUACAAUGCAAAUGCCUUCCAGAAACCGCACUACCUGCUAGGAGUUUUCAACACCAAUCCACUCACGUGACGCGUCACGUGCGAUCGCCGCUGCACCCAUUUGAAGGGUUGGGAGACUUUGACCAGUUCCUUCAAUCCUUCCCUUAAAUACCGCAGCGCGAUGCUUCGCUCCUUCCUUCUUACCAAAGUCUCACCAAAAAAGGGCACAUGUUCUUGGCAAUGAGCAAAACCAUGUCCAACAGCCCCAAUGAAUGGAUGCAAUUCUACCAGCAAGACUUCCUGUCCCAGGUCGCGCCUUCCGGCCGCGCAGCCGCCUCGGAAGCCAUCUCCAGCGACCGGUCGCGGUCAGAUGGCGCCGCGGGGGCCUCCGCCUCUGCCACGGCCGCCAUCCCCGUCGCUGCCCCAGGCCACGCUGCCACGCUCAGCAACUUGGGCCCUUCCAGCCACCUGAGCCCAGAGGGGGGCGUCGCGAAGCCCGCCCGGAGGCGGUCCAGGGCGUCGCGGCGGACCCCAACCACCGUGAUGAACACCGACACCACCAACUUCAGGGCUUUGGUGCAGCAGUUCACCGGCGGCCCCAGCGCGCCCUUCGGCUCUGGGCCCGGCCCCGGCAUGCUGAGCUUCAACUUCGGGCUUGGGGGGCCGGGGCAGGCUGGCGUCAGCCGGCCGGGGGGGAUGGGGCCGUCGGGGUUUCACGUGCAGUAUCAAGUGCAACAGCAGCAGCCUCAUCAUCAACAGCAAUUAUACCAGCAACAUCAAAACCAGCAGUACAUGCUCUCUCUAAACACCAACAGCCCCGACGACAUCUCCCUGCAACAUCAGAGGCUCGCGAGCUCGAGAUCGUCAGGAGGAGCUGCCUCCGACGGGUUUGGCAUGGAGGGCGUCCCUCCGCACCAGGUCUCUUCGAGACCUCCUUCUACCUCCUCCGAGGACAACAACCGGAGCAACAACUACAUCUUCUGAGAAAUUAAUACAGUACCGCCACCGCCGAUCAUCGGAACAACAACAUCGGAAGGCGCUUUUCAUCCGAUGUCGCGGAGGUUAUCGCACGCUGCACUAACUCGAUGACGGGCUUCUUCUUCUUCUUCUUGUUUUUGCCUCCUCUAUUUCCAAGUCUGAGUCCUCUUCAAGAACCAUCAAAUUGUUUAGGGUUUACUUUUGCUGCUUCGAAUGAGAACAGGGUUUUUUUGCUCAUUGAGGCAGCGUAGAAAGUUAGGCACUGACUAGUGUUUGGAUUCGGAGAGAGAGAGGGAGGGGGUUGACUUUUGAAUGUACAUAAUGUUCGAGCGACCAAUGGAUUGGUUCCACGUGUUAUUGUUUC